AUGCAGUACAAAGUCUUGGAAGGCAAAGACAGCGAUGGAGAAACUCCAGAUGUGUCAGCAGCAGAUCCCUCCUUUGCUCCAACGGUCGAAAAGCUACAGCUUCGGCAAUUGUUCCGGGCUGUGCUGUUGGUAUCUGCCAGCUUCUUCCGCGAUCGCCGUAGCAAAUGGAAAGCCUGGGGGCUAGCCUCCGCGCUGGUGGUCACCAUGGUGGUAUUUUCUGUGCAGUCCAUGCUGUUCUUGAGCACUUUGCGCGAGUUUCAGAACGCCUUGCACGACAAGGACCAGGAUCGGUUCUACGCUGCACAGCUCAAGAUCGUGAAAGUGGUGUUCUUGAUCAUGCCAGUGAUUGGGAUGCGCUUCCUACUUCGUGGCACUUUAUCACUGGAAUGGCGUAGAUACCUCACACAGAUGUUGUUGAGUCGCUACAUCAAUGAGAAGAAGCUCUACUACCGUCUGAAACUCUUGGGACGUGGCCUGGAUAAUCCAGAUCAGCGUAUUGCGCAGGACACGGGCGAGUUCACUGAUGUGUUGUUGGAGUUUGUGACCACCGUGGCUCAACAGGUGCUAUUGAUUCUGGUGCAAUCUGGCAUUUUGAUUUCGAUCUCCAGAGAUUUGUUCUACUUCAUUGUGCUGUACUCAUUGAUUCUGAACGUCCUGUCCUUCGCCAUCUUCGGUGGUCCCUUCACUCGGCUACGACGUCGGGUGCUGGCGCAAGAGGCGUCCUUUCGCUUCACUCUGGUGCGCGUGCGUGAACAUGCCGAGCCGGUGGCUUUUUUCGAUGGACAUCACUUUGAGCUACAACGAUGUGAGGAGAUUUUCGCCAAACUCAUGGGCACCUUGUACCGACUGUUGGCCAUUUCAAUCAGUUUCGGCAUGAUCGAGGCAGCUGCAAUGUAUGUGGCAAAUGUGGCCCCAUUCGUUGUCUUGGCAGGUAAAUAUUUCUCGGGGUCCAUGGACUUUGGGGGCAUGAUGGAAGCUGCUACGGUGCUGGGAGCGUUGCAAGCAGCCUUCACGACGCUGGUGACGCAGAUGGGUACCGUGGUACGACAGAUCUAUGCUAUCACCAACAUGGGAGCUCAAGCCAUCCGUAUUCAGCAGCUUUGGGAUAUGCUUGACGAGACAGAUAUGGAUGACACUGGGAUCAAGACAGAAAUUCGCAACGGUGAACGGCGCGAUGCGGAAACAGAGGUCUUGCUUCAGCUGGAUGAAUUGACCAUUUUCACACCCAAGGGCCACAGGCCCUUGGUCGAACAGAUCACUCUGCAAGUGAAAGCAGGCGAAGCCUUGAUGCUUUGCGGCCCCAGUGGUGUGGGAAAGAGCUCCCUGCUUCGUAGCAUUGCUGGGCUGUGGCACCGAGGCAGCGGAAGAAUUCAUCGCUGUGCUCAAAAGGAGAUGUUCUUCUUGCCUCAGGAGACGUACCUAUGUUUGGGUUCCCUUCGUGAAAACGCGACCUAUCCCAAGGCACAAGGCAGCGACGGUCCCAGUGACAGAGAGAUCCGGGAAGCCCUGGAAAAGGUGAACUUGUCCUACUUGGUGCAACGCUUUGGUCCCAUUCUCAGAGAAACUGCUUUGGUCCAACGUUUGGAUGUGGCCAUCGACUUUGACAGCUGCCUCAGUGGCGGGGAACGGCAACGCUUGGGCUUCGCCCGGUUGCUGUUGAAGCGACCGACCUUCGCCAUUUUGGACGAAGCCACUUCUGCUUUGGAUUGUAGCAACCAAGAAGCCAUGUAUUCAAAUCUCAAGAGGCACGUGCGAGGCUACGUUUCAGUUGGCCAUUCUGCCUCUCUUGAGGCCUUCCAUACGAUGAAACUCAUAUUGGAAAGGACCUCAUCUUCGGCGCGUUGGAGACUGGAGCGCUUGGAGACGUGA